AGGAAGUGAGGUCACAUAAUAUGGCGGCUCGGUCGUACCUGCGCUAAGCGGGAGGGGGUAUCCGGGGCUCGGGGGAAAGAAAAAAAAAGAUCGGCGUCCAUCCUUCCCACCCGGGCUGCGCUGCCGCCCCCGAACACCUCGGACGUCGAGAGACGGGACGAAAGGCCGCGAUGGUCGCUGGUGCUUCCCUGCUCUGAGUCAGGGUCCGUUUACAACAAGGGUUGGGUCCAAUCGAGACGCCUCGAUGGAGUUGAGAGUCGGGAACCGGUACCGGCUUGGCCGAAAGAUCGGGAGCGGCUCGUUCGGGGACAUUUACCUCGGUACUGACAUAGCUGCUGGAGAAGAGGUUGCCAUCAAAUUGGAAUGUGUCAAAACCAAACAUCCUCAACUCCACAUAGAGAGCAAAAUUUACAAAAUGAUGCAAGGUGGAGUGGGCAUUCCCACAAUCAAAUGGUGUGGUGCUGAAGGUGACUACAAUGUAAUGGUGAUGGAAUUGCUAGGACCAAGUCUUGAAGAUCUCUUUAACUUCUGCUCAAGGAAAUUCAGCCUCAAGACUGUUCUUCUACUUGCUGACCAAAUGAUAAGCCGAAUAGAAUAUAUUCAUUCAAAGAACUUCAUCCACCGAGAUGUAAAGCCGGAUAAUUUCCUGAUGGGAUUAGGCAAGAAAGGCAACCUUGUCUACAUCAUAGAUUUUGGGCUGGCCAAGAAAUAUCGCGAUGCUCGUACUCACCAACAUAUUCCUUAUCGUGAAAAUAAAAACUUAACAGGAACUGCCCGCUAUGCCUCCAUUAAUACCCAUCUUGGAAUUGAACAAUCUCGCAGAGAUGACUUGGAGUCCUUGGGUUAUGUACUCAUGUAUUUUAACCUGGGCUCCCUCCCCUGGCAGGGAUUGAAGGCAGCUACAAAGAGACAGAAAUAUGAACGCAUCAGUGAAAAGAAAAUGUCCACUCCCAUUGAGGUUUUGUGUAAAGGAUACCCUUCCGAGUUUGCUACCUAUCUGAAUUUCUGCCGCUCACUGCGUUUUGAUGACAAACCGGAUUAUUCAUAUCUAAGACAAUUAUUCAGAAAUCUCUUCCAUAGACAAGGCUUCUCCUAUGACUAUGUAUUUGAUUGGAACAUGCUCAAAUUUGGUGCAAGCCGAGCAGUAGAAGAUGCUGAGCGUGAAAGAAGAGAGAGAGAAGAAAGAAUGAGACAUACACGCAAUCCAGCUGUUCGUGGAUUACCUUCCACUGCCUCCGGGAGGCUAAGAGGGACACAAGAUGUAGCUCCACCAACUCCUCUUACUCCAACUUCACAUACAGCAAAUACAUCUCCUCGGCCAGUUUCUGGAAUGGAGCGAGAACGGAAAGUGAGUAUGCGAUUGCAUCGUGGGGCCCCUGUGAAUAUCUCCUCAUCUGAUUUAACAGGUCGACAAGAUACCUCACGCAUGUCAACCUCACAGGGUACAGAUUUUUAACAGCCAUGGACAUUUCAGUGACUUUUGCUAUAUAUACUCUGAAUCGUCAACUCACAUAAAGAUCAUGUUUUUUUUCUUAACCACUGCAGAUCUCGGAAACCUUGUGCAAAUGAAUGAAUAUUAAUAUUUGUUAAAUUGGGUGAAGAAGAAUCAAUAAGAAUUCUUCCUUUAGCGUUGAUCAGAUACAAUUUGUCCAGUAUUAGAGAUGGACAACAUCAAUGGUAGCCAGUCACUUAGCAUUUUGUUUGAUAGUGCUUAGUCUCUCUCUCUCUCACACACACACACACAAACAACCUCUGACAAAACAACAACAUGAAACCCAGCAACCAACAGUUCUGAGAUCUUGACAUAAUUUGUGGUUGUAUUUCCAAAUAAAUGGCCACUGAAUGGGAAAUAGCUACCAGCUUUUGUCUGGUAUAAUCAUUGUCUGUAACAACAUCUAUUGUAUAAGGAUUUUUCUGAAGAAUAUUAAAGGUCUGAAAAAAACUGUGAUUAAUAAGAGAUGGAAAUAGAAAAGAGUGGUGCUUCUUUUGUAUACUUUCGUAGUAGUUUGUUAGGUACUGUUCACACAUAUCUGAUUUUUUUUCUUAGCACUUUGAAGAAUCCUUUUUAAUUUGAGAAGCAGCAAUGCUUUUUUAGAUUAUCUGUGGGUGUGUAUUAUUAUCCGAAACACAUAGCUAAAUUAGAGUAAUAGUGAAAUCUGAAUAUGUCUGCAGUACGCAAGCACCUUGACUUUGGGACAUUAAUCAGGACUUGCAAUUUUUUCCAUAAAGCAUAAAUCAUGUUUUUGAAAUAUAUGUCAGACAUUCAAAGUACAUCUACAUCAGGUUUCAACACAUUGUGUAACUGGCUAUAAAUUUAAAGGUUUUCAAUGUAUAAAGGCCACAGCAUUUUCUAGAAGAAUAUGCAUUUUCUCCAUAUUUUACAAAAAAAUAAUUUUAAUAUUAUUUAUCUGCUUUUUGUGUAUUUCUAAAGACAAACACUUAUCAAACUAUUGAAUUAUAUUAGUUGUAUUUUUUUUGUUUCAUUUCACUAUGUGUGGUAUGUAAUCGCAAGCUCCAAAACUGGAUACUUACUUGUAAAUUGUUCAACAAUGAAAUAUUGGUCUUGGGAUCCUAUAUCUGCAUUCAAGUGUCUUUAAAAAACUGGAAUUUAGAAACAAUAAGUUUGAAUUAGAUGCUAAUAGGAGAGCAUAUUAUAAAUAUUUGGAAAAUUAAGUCAGAAAACAAGUGCCUUUCAGAGCCUUGAUAAAUUGGACUGUAAUUUGGUCAGCUGAAGUGAUCAAGUAGCAAAAGUUUUUACAGGUGAAUAGCAAGGCAAUGUAGAUGUUUUAACUAUUAAAAAAUGAAUUUAGCACCAGAGGUCAAUAAAGAGGCUCAAAGAUUUGUGACAGAAGUGGAAAACACACCCAAACAAGAAUUAUGGGUGAAUAGAAAAGUAGUCUAUAAAAGCAUUAGUGAUUACAAAUAAACUGCCACACCCUGGCUGCAAAAAUUCAGAAGCCAUUGGAUACCAGCAAAGAAUCAUAGUUUGCUUUCUGCCCUCCAGUAACAAGUUAUAUUUUUCAUUUUGGGUACAAGUAACUCUACUGCCACUAUUACAUGCAGUUAAAAAAGGAGGAAAGGAGGCGCUUAUUUGGAAUCCAGACAGAAUUGUAUUUAAUAAAUGUUUGUAGCAUUACUCAUUAAGACCCAAUUAAUAAAACCUUGAUUGUUGAUAGGACACUUUUAUAGAUGAAAGCUACGUAAUCUGAAUUUAUGCCAAAAGGAUAUUUGAAACAGAACAAUCUCUAAAGCAAUACUAAAAAGAUCUCUGAUCAGAGAAUAACAUUUAAAGGAAUAUGUAACUUAAAAGUUUCAGCUCCACAAGAAUAUAGCUUUUAUUACUAAUGCAAGCUUUUGCAAUCAAGAACUUAAAUAACAUGGCUACUUUCUGCAGGUCCAAGUUCUUUAACAUAUUAAUAAAGAAAUUAUUUAUCAUUGUAAUUAUAACUACUACUAUAUUAUUUUUCUUGAAAUCUAUACUUUCUUAUAUUGAAGUAGAUGAUGGUCUGAAUAUAGUUCUGAAAUACUUUCUUCUAUUAUUUUUGGCGAGCAAUUAUUUCAGAAAAUACUUCAUUAUGCAUUACUCAAAGUUGUAAUAAAUAAAACAGUGCUCUCCAUGUCUCUUUAAUACAAGGGCACUUCCUUACCGGCUAACAAAUAUAUUUAUCUCUAGGGCUUGAGUAAAUAUAUCCUAUGGGAGAUUUGCUAAUUUUGAAAAAUGAAACCUUAUGAGGUUUUGAGACUCUUUCUUUUAUCCUUUCAUCUGAAAAGCCAAGCUCCUGCAGACCUCGAAGGAAGAGGAAGAAAGUGCGCAUUUUAACCUCUUAAGUUACCGGAAAUAAAGCACUUUUGGACUCUUGAGAUGUAAUUAUUUGCUUUCCUUUGCAUCAAAAUCACUGAAGUCCAGCAAGCUAUAUUAAUUAUACAAAACAUAUGUAAAUGUUUCUUUGGUUGUGAUAUUGAAUUUAGAAGGCAUUAAAUUUCAAGCCCAUCUUGCCUUAGCCCAGUAUUUCUUGGUAUACAGUUAAUGUUUGCCUUGCACAGGAGGAAGGCAACAAUAGCUAAUUAUUUUUAAAUUAUUUUGCAUUUUAUUAAUGACUAACUAUAAUCUGAUAUGGAACACAAAGCUGCCCAUGACUGCAUAUCAAUAAUGGUUUAAAGGAGGUAUGAAUGAUUAGGUACAGGUUACCAUAGAUUUUGGAAUUUAAAUUUUAUGCAGAUAAUGAGAUAAUUUUCACCCUAAAUCCUUAGGUAGUAAUAAUUGAAUUCCAUAGAACAGUAUUCUUCAUAUUCAUAUUCUUCAUACAUGCAAAGGCUAAAUUCUCCAUCUCCAUUUACAGUUGUGUGUGUUAUUUUUCUAAUUAAAAAGACUGUCCCCUCUUCAAUAUCCUAUAUAAUAGUACAACUAUCACACAAUUCUAUUUCAUAGACAACUUUUUAAAGUGGUUUCUUAAUUCAUUGAAAGGAAUAUAAUUAGUUUGGAGUAAAUUUAUCGAUGGGCAUGAUAAUUUAAAUCAUUCUAAAUUCCUUUAGGUUGUGAAUAAUGUGGUGUCUUUUAUUUUUAUCCAAUUGAAUUUGGAAUUCUAACAGAGUGCCUCUUUUGUAUUAGGAGCUUAACGCUUCUUUAGAAAUCAAACCUUCAGUAAUUCCAUUGCUGUUCUUGGCUCUUCUUCUUUUACUGGUCCCCCAAAAUACCAAAAUCCACUUAUUUCAGAAGGAAAUUACAAUCCAACUAUGAAAACUCUGGGUUGCAAAAAUCCAAAUAACCAGUAU